ACCCUAGAUUGAUCUGGUUCCAUUGAACUUUUCAGCUUAUAGCUUGUAAAUCCUUGAUCGAUUAAUUUCUUCUCUUCUCUUCUCUUUCACUUCUCUUUGGUGCAGGCACGCGUAGGAGAGGAGAUGGAUCGAUGGAUAGACCCACGCAUAGCCCUUGCGAAGCAAUAUCCGGGGUACGAUAUCUCGGAACUGGAUCACCUCGUCGAGGACGAGAGUCUUCAAGUCAAGUACACCCUGGAGCGCAUGAAGGUGCUCUUCGAGACGCCAUCCGGCUUCGCAAUCUUCGCCAUCGAUUCAGGAUACCUCUAUGACAUCGGCAGCGACUACACUGGCAUUGAGUUCGUCUGGCUAAAGAGAUUCCUGAAGCUUACCGACAGGUCUACUGCCAUUAGUACUACUGGUAUUGAUGAAAGCCUUGCCGAGCUUGUUGAGGAGGAGUGCAAUAGAGGGCAUAAAUUAAUUGUCGGUGAAUCUGCAUACAAAGAAGCUAUUGAAGCUCAAUUGGCAAUUCCCUGUAUAUGUGAUGAAGCAACAAAGGAGCUGAUGUGGGGCCUGCAAAACCUGUUGCAUGCUUUAGUUCCUGAAGAGAAAUCGAAGUUCAGCAAGCAGGAUCGCAAUUACCACAGCCGAAAAUUACUCGACUACCUGCAUAGAAAUGUCUCUGAAGACAUCAAGCCUGAAAUGGUGAGUCCACUGCUUUAGUUAGUGACCUUUGCUUAUUCCUGUCUGUCAUGCCUGCCAUGUUACAUAGCUUUAGUUUGGUGUGCCCAUUCGUGGUACUGUAUAGUUCAUUAUAGGUCAACUGAGGAAUCAUCAUAGCUAUGGUAACCUCUGUAUUCCAU